ACUACUCCCAAUCCUCAUCCAACUCACCGCUUUGAUGCAAUCAUACAAAGACUCCUAUAGGAGGCUCCCUACGUCUUCUCCUUCCAACUCUCUCCGUCUAGCUCCAAGUCUCUCUCUCUCGGCCUCCUCCCUCCUCCCUUUCGUCUUUGAUCGAUUUGUCUUCUCUGUCGUUUCGUGCGCAGAUCGUUGAGGUUGUGGUAAGAUUUGCUCGCAGGAGCCUAGGAGCUUAGGGUUUCUGUGUUCCAGCUAUAGAUUUUUCCUCGAUUUUUGAUGAAUGAUAAUUUGUGAGGAUUAAUAUCCGUGCUCUUGAUCGUUGGUCGAGGGAUACCUUUGUCUGGUUGUUGGCUUGGAAGAAGUUUGUAAAGGGGCUGCAGAGGAAGCGAGAUGGGAAUUCUGGAGGGACCGGUUAUUUGCCGUCCUGCUGUUCAUCUUGCUAAGCAAGCAAGAGUUUCUGCUCCCGUAAUUAACACUUUAUUCACAAAGACUAGGCAUCUUAGAAGUGGAUUUUGGGGUUCUAAAACUAGAUGCAGAAGUAUAAUUAGAGCUGCUGCCCUUUCCAUUCAACCUUGUGAAAGGAAAGGUUGGCCCGUUCAUUGUAGUUUCAGUUCAUCUUCUGAUGGUGAUGGCAGCAUGGCUGGAAACUUCAAUGAGAAUGAUGAAGAUUAUGUGAACUCCAGUGUGAUUGAAGCAGUUGAGGUGAGAAGUGGAUUGGAUGGAUUCAUGAUAAAGAUGCGUGAUGGUACACAUUUGAGAUGUGUUCACAAUAACCCUCAAGGAGGAAGCUUGCCAGACUAUGCUCCGCAUCCUGCUAUUGUACUAAAGACGGAAGAUGGAAGUGAUCUUCUGCUUCCUAUCAUUGUCUUGGAGAUGCCAAGUGUGUUGUUAAUGGUUGCAGUUCGGAAUGUUCAUAUUGCUAGGCCAACUAUAUAUGACGUAGUGAAAGAGAUGAUUAAAAAGAUGGGAUAUGUGGUAGAACUUGUUCGAGUCACCAAAAGAGUGAACGAGGCAUACUUUGCUCGGUUGUACCUUGCAAAGGUUGGGAAUGAAAAAGAGAGCAUCAGCUUUGAUCUUCGACCUUCAGAUGCCAUUAAUAUGGCUGUGCGGUGCAAGGUGCCUGUACAAGUCAAUAGACAUCUUGCAUACAAUGAUGGGAUGCGAGUGGUUGAACCGACUAAGCUGGCAGUGCAGGCUUCUCUGUCAGAGGGAAUGCUAUUCACAGAACUUGACAGGCCUGAUGGUCAGCCUUGCUUGGAAACAGUGGAGUUUGGUUUGGUGCGUAACAUGUUGAUUGCUGCUGUUGAGGAAAGAUACAGAGAUGCUGCUCAAUGGAGGGACAAGCUUUUUCGGCUGCGGUCCAAGAGAAAGAACUGGACAUGACAGACUGCUUUCUUUGCUGCAGUGUCUUCAGAUGUACAUAAAGCCAGUGUUUGGAAGCAAGUGCAAGCCUGACAUCUUCGGUGGUAUAUAUAAUGUAUAUAGUACAUAGCCACCAAGCUUGUGCAUACAUGUAUAGUUGCUCAUGCCAUGGUGGCAUCUAAAACGGCAUGCGGCAGUAUGCAAGUAUUGGAUGACAGAACUAAUUCUCAGACGUUAGACCUGUUCAUCUCCAUGGUGUUUUAGCUAGCUUUUGCUUGGUUUCCAUUGUUACCAGUUUGUGGUUUGAGGCUUCAAAUGCUCGCAGUACAUUGAUUUUAAUCAUGUUUUAAAGACCUCAUUUGUGCAUCAACACCUGUGUAAAUAUUUGGGAGGACUUGAUUCAGUGGUAUUUCAAAAUUGAUGUUUUUUUUUUCGUUU